AUGUAUUCACUGAUAAAUGCAGCCUUGACAUCAUCUGUAUUUUCAGCAUACACUACUUUUGCUGCAUCAAGUAUGCUUGUUAGGACAGUUAUCAGUGAUGUCCAAAACAUAGGCAGCCAGAUUUUACCUGCAGGAGUCCAAGAGAAGAUAUUGUUUAAGCUCGGAGGCUUACUGGGAAGUCGGCUCUCGCCCCAAAUCACGCUUGUCAUUGAUGAAUACAGAGGACUAGCGCUGAACCAGAUUUAUGAGUCAUCUGAAGCGUACCUGCGCACUAAAAUCACGCCUUCUGUUGGUCAACUGAAGGCCUUUAAGGGACCACAAGACACUGCUAUCUCACUCUCUAUGAACAAAGGGGAAAAGAUCGUUGAUGUAUUUGAGGGGAUUCAAGUUACAUGGGAGAUGAUAUCCAUUGAAUCCCAGAAGACAAGCUUCGACUAUGACAACCUUUUGUCCUCUGAACAUGUAGAACGCAAAUCAUUUGAGCUCAGAUUCAACAGAAAGGACAAGGAAGUCGUGUUGACAUCUUACCUAGCUCAUGUUAUGGAGAGGGGGAAAAGUAUUAAAGAACAGAACCAGGUUGUAAAGCUUUACUCACUGGGGAGCUAUUAUGGAGACACGGAACUAAACCAUCCUUGCACUUUUGACACUUUAGCACUCGAUCCAGCACUAAAGAAGGAAGUGAUAGAUGACUUGGACAGGUUUGUUAGAAGAAGAGAUUACUACCGCAGAGUUGGCAAAGCAUGGAAGCGUGGUUAUCUGCUAUAUGGCCCCCCUGGCACCGGAAAAUCAAGCAUGAUUGCUGCCAUGGCUAAUUAUCUAAAGUUUGACAUUUAUGACCUAGAGCUCACAAGUCUCCAACGCAAUGCAGACCUCAAAAACACCUUAGCCUCCACUGCAAAUCGAUCUAUUCUUGUUAUUGAAGACAUUGAUUGCAGCAUUGAGUUGAAGGAUCGACUAGAUGAGAAUUACGACCAGAAUAACCAAAAGUUGACAUUGUCGGGCUUACUGAAUUUCAUUGAUGGGCUCUGGUCAAGCUGUGGAGAUGAAAGAAUCAUCGUGUUCACAACAAACCACAAAGAUAGACUAGACCCUGCAUUGUUGAGGCCUGGUCGCAUGGACAUGCACAUUCACAUGUCUUAUUGUACUCCCAGUGGGUUCAAGAUACUUGUUUCCAAUUACCUAGGGAUUAACAAUCACAAGUUGUUCACUGAGAUUGAAAAACUCGUUGCAGAGGUAGAAGCUACUCCAGCAGAAAUAGCAGAACAACUCAUGAAGAGUGAAGAAGCAGAUGUUUCCCUCAAGGGGCUUGUCAAGUUCCUUCAAGACAAGAAGAUUGCAACUAGUGAAGCAACUGUUGAAGGAGAAAAGGUAGUAGAUAUGAUUCUUGAUGGAGCAGGCAAUGACCAGAAAAUUGAGAAAAGGAGAGUGAAGAAGAACACCAAGAAGAAUAGAAGAAACGGUAAGAAACAGCAAUGAAAAUUCUGAUACUUGGAUUACGGUGUACUAGAAUCUUCUCCAUGUACUGAUGUACAGUUACGACUGUUUUGUUGAAUACUGUAUCCAAUAAUAAAAGCAUAUUUUCAUGAUUA